CCCUCAAUCCUCCAUCUACACCAUGUCAAAACAAUAUCAAUUCAAGCUUGUGCUCCUGGGCGAAUCUGCUGUGGGGAAGUCAAGUUUAGUUCUCCGGUUUGUCAAGGACCAGUUCGAUGACUACCGGGAGAGUACAAUUGGCGCGGCAUUCUUGACACAGACGGUCUCCUUGGAAGAUGGCUCGACAGUGAAGUUCGAAAUCUGGGAUACGGCUGGACAGGAACGUUACAAGUCUUUGGCUCCUAUGUACUACCGAAACGCAAACUGUGCCGUUGUCGUGUACGAUAUCACACAAUCUGCGUCGCUUGAGAAAGCAAAGACCUGGAUCCGCGAACUCCAACGACAAGCCGAUCCAUCAAUCGUCAUCGCUCUCUGCGGGAACAAGGUUGAUCUCGAGGAGCGUCGACAAGUUCUGCAGGAAGAGGCUCAGAACUACGCGAAAGAGGAAGGUUUAAUGUGGGGUGAGACGAGUGCCAAGACUGGUUUGGGUGUCAACGAUAUCUUUACGGAACUUGCAAAGAAACUUCCACAGACCGCUCCUCCGCCACAAGCACGCGGCGCUUCGGCGCGAGGCAGUGCUGGUGGUCCGAGGGCAGCUGUUGAUCUCACCAAGGGUCCUGGAACGGGUGGUCAAGAUGCAUGCAACUGUUGAACGACGACAAUGUGUGGGACAUCACACAACUCCUUCACAUCAUUUUCAUUCCUUUCAAUCAUAUCCCCUUAUAUGGAGCGAGCGCUGCAAUCUACUUGCAUUGCAGUGACCAUCAUACUUUGUUGGUCGCGUCAAUUUUUCCUUUCCCUGCACACUUACUUCUACAAUGUUCUCUCCUAGCCCUUCUUUACCUUUUCAUCUGUAAUCUAAUCACAGUCUGUUUGAUGGCUUACUUUGUCCCUGCUGUCUUUAUGCACAGUUUAGGGGCGGGUCUUUUUCCCUUGAUAGAUAUGGACCAAGUUCAUUUCCAAUUUCAUUUCGU